AUGAAACUGAGGUUUGGAAUGAGGCACUCUGGGAGUUGUAUUCCUCCUGAGAGAACUCUUUCUGGUUUCAGGAGACUUGCAAAAUGGACGGAGAAUCUUCCUUGGAAAGAUACUUGGACCAAUGUGAGGCUGGGGAUGACCUCAGUUCUACACCCCAGAUGUUCACCUCUAUGAUGCCAUAUGAUGACUUGAGUAUACAACCACUCGCAAACACAUCUUAUGGAUCGGCUUUGGAUCAUUCCAAAGACCUCUCGACUGACUUCUCUUCAGUAGAUCUAAGCUUUUUACCUGAUGACUUGAAUCCUGAUCAUGAAGACAAAAAUGGACUUCAAGGACAGCAAUACUGCUCACAACUACAGGAUAGUGGUAUUUGUAUGGAUUCUACUGGAUUGUCACAGCCAUUCACCCCAUCUGAAAACAGAGAUGCCUCACAUGAUGCAUCUAACCUCUGCCCCAUGCCUAUUACCCCUAUGACUCCGAUGACUCCCAUGACCCCGGUUUCAGAGCCCUCUGGAAUUGUUCCCCAAUUACAGAAUAUUGUAUCCACAGUGAACUUGGCUUGUAAACUUGAUCUAAAGAAGAUUGCCUUGCAUGCUAGAAAUGCAGAAUACAACCCAAAGAGGUUUGCAGCAGUUAUUAUGAGGAUCCGUGAACCCAGGACAACUGCACUGAUAUUCAGCUCAGGCAAAAUGGUCUGCACUGGGGCAAAGAGUGAAGAGCACUCCAGGCUGGCGGCGAGGAAGUAUGCCAGAGUUGUACAAAAACUGGGGUUUCCGGCAAAAUUUCUUGACUUCAAAAUACAGAACAUGGUGGGAAGCUGUGAUGUGAGGUUCCCAAUACGUCUGGAAGGUCUGGUUCUUACUCAUCAACAGUUCAGCAGUUAUGAACCAGAGUUGUUUCCAGGCCUCAUUUACAGGAUGGUGAAACCAAGGAUUGUGCUCCUUAUUUUUGUCUCUGGAAAGGUUGUCUUAACUGGUGCCAAAGAACGUUCAGAAAUCUAUGAAGCUUUCGAAAACAUAUAUCCUAUUUUAAAAGGUUUCAAGAAGACCACAUGAACAUUCUGCUGAUGGGGAAGGGGGUUAAAAAAGUGUAAU